UCUGCGACAAUAAGCGCAGCCAACUUCGUGCGUCUUGUUCUUUUUUCCGGUUGACUUAGACAAGAAAGAUGCCAGGCGUCACAGUGAAGGAUAUUGACCAACAUGCCGUUACCAAGGCGGUCGCCGUUUUCCUCAAGAAAACUGGCAAAUUGAAGGUGCCCGAUCAAAUGGACAUCAUCAAGACAGCCAAAUUCAAGGAGCUGGCACCGUACGAUCCCGACUGGUUCUAUGUGCGUUGCGCCUCCAUUCUGCGUCAUCUGUAUCAUCGCAGCCCUGCUGGAGUCGGCUCCAUCACCAAAAUCUAUGGCGGUCGCAAGCGCAAUGGUGUCCAUCCCUCGCACUUCUGCCGCGCCGCUGACGGCGCUGCCCGCAAAGCACUGCAGGCCUUGGAGCACGCUCGCUUGGUAGAGAAGCACCCGGAGGGUGGACGCAAACUGAGCUCAAUUGGACAGCGCGAUUUGGAUCGCAUUGCCAACCAGAUUGUGGCCAAGCAGCGUGAUGCCGCCAAGCAGACUGGUCCCAUUGUUAUUUCCAAGUAAACAUGUAGAAAAAACAAUACAAAUUAUGUUUGUAUACAGAUCCAAAUCGAAACUCUAAAAUAUUUUAGACUUGGCGUUUUUUGUUUGCACGAGAGAUACGAGAAUAUUAAAAUCAAACCAUUCACAAAAGUCUACAAAAACAAGCGUAAA